AUGGGCUUUCUGUGGGGCAGCAUUGUGCUUCUCUGUGCAGUGGCUCUGCUCAGGGUGGAGGGCAGCGAAGCCCAACAAACCAAGAACAAUGUCCCCAGGCUAAAACUCUCCUACAAAGAAAUGUUGGAGUCUAAAAACCUUGAGACGUUUGAAGGCCUUUCUAACAGUUCAGCUUAUCACACUUUGUUCUUGGAUGAGGAGAAAGGCAGACUGGUGGUGGGGGCCAAAGACCACAUCCUCUCUUUCAACCUCCUAAACAUCAGCAAAGGUUACGCACAGAUUCCCUGGUCUGCUUCUCCCACAAGAAGGGAUGAAUGCAAGUGGGCAGGAAAAGAUGUCUCAAGGGAGUGCGCUAAUUUCAUAAAGGUGUUGCAACCAUUUAACCAAACCCAUGUGUAUGUGUGUGGGACGGGAGCCUUCCAUCCUGUGUGCUCCUACCUGGAAGUGGGCAAGAAGCCUGAGGAUGGUGUAUUCAAACUUGAGCCCCAUGUGGAAAAUGGCAGAGGGAAGAGUCCUUAUGAUCCCAAGUUGCUCACUGCAUCCAUGCUAAUUGAUGGGGAGCUGUAUGCUGGCACAGCAGCUGACUUCAUGGGGCGGGAUUUUGCCAUUUUCCGAACUCUUGGCAAGCAUCAUCCAAUCAGAACAGAACAGCAUGACUCCAGGUGGCUAAAUGAUCCUAGAUUUUUGGGAAUCUAUCUUAUUCCAGAGAAUGACAAUCCAGAGGAUGACAAGAUUUACCUGUUCUUCAGAGAGAAUGCGAUGGAGGGAGAACAUGCUGGAAAGGCUGUGUAUGCUCGCAUCGGGCAGCUCUGCAAAAAUGAUCUUGGAGGCCAUAGAAGUCUUGUCAACAAGUGGACUACCUUCUUAAAAGCUAGACUUAUUUGUUCUGUACCCGGCAGUAAUGGAAUAGAUACACACUUUGAUGAACUACAGGAUGUUUUUGUCCUGAGCACAAAGGAUCCCAAGAGUCCACUUAUCUAUGGGAUAUUUACAACAUCAAGCAACAUCUUUAAAGGUUCAGCAGUGUGCAUGUACAGCAUGACAGACAUCAGAAGAGCGUUUCUGGGUCCAUACGCUCACAGAGAUGGACCAAAUUAUCAAUGGGUACCCUUCCAGGGUCGUGUUCCCUACCCGCGGCCUGGUACUUGUCCCAGCAAGACAUUUGGUGGAUUUGACACAACCAAAGAGCUUCCUGAUGAAGUAGUCACUUUUGCCAGAAGUCACCCAGCCAUGUUCAAUCCAGUCUACCCAAUUAACCAUCGACCCAUCAUUGUCAGAACAGAUGUGGACUACCAGUUCACCCAGAUAGUGGUUGAUAAAGUGGAAGCAGAAGAUGGCCAGUAUGAUGUCAUGUUCAUAGGCACAGACAUGGGAACAGUUCUAAAGGUGGUAUGCAUCCCUCGGACCUCCUGGCAUGAUUUAGAGGAAGUCCUUCUGGAGGAGAUGGUUGUUUUCAGAGAGCCAGUUCCCGUUAGGGCCAUGGAACUUUCAACAAAACAGCAACAGCUUUACCUCGGGUCAGACAUCGGUGUGUCUCAGAUGCCUCUACAUCGGUGUGAAAUUUAUGGAAAGGCCUGUGCAGAAUGCUGCCUAGCAAGGGACCCUUACUGUGCAUGGGACGGCACAGAAUGCUCUAGAUAUUUUCCCAUGGCUAAAAGGAGAACAAGAAGGCAAGAUAUCAGGAACGGAGAUCCACUGACUCAGUGCUCAGACCUUCAACACCAGGAUGAACUGAAUGGAUUGGCACAUCUCCAGGAUAAGACAGUGUAUGGUGUGGAAAACAGCAGCACUUUCCUUGAAUGCAUUCCAAAAUCCCAGAGAGCGGCCACUUAUUGGCAGUAUCAGCAUUCCACUAAUGAUCGCAAACAAGAGAUCAAGUCAGCGGAACGUUUUAUCCACACCAGCCAGGGCCUUCUAAUCCGAACUCUGGAAAAGAAGGAUUCUGGCAUCUACCUGUGCCAAGCAGUGGAACAUGGUUUCAUGCAGACGGUUUUAAAGGUUAACCUAGAAGUAAUUGACUCAGAGCACUUGGAGGAGCUUCUACAUCGCGAUGAAGAUGCUACAAGCCAUGUCCAUGCCCGGGAUUUUAGUUUACCGAGGGAAACUCCCAAUCAGAAGCUUUGGUACAGAGACUUCCUCUCUUUGGUCAACCACCCAAACCUGAACAGCGUUGAUGAUUUCUGUGAGCAAGUUUGGAAAAGGGAGCGGAAGCAUCAGAGACAAAAAUCCCACGCGGUGCAGCAAAUGCAUCACCAACAGAAGGCUGUGGUGAACCCACACAGUCACAUGCAUGCUCAAGGGUUGGCAUCUAAGUGGAAACUCCUGCAAGAAAAACAAAAGGGACGUAACCGCCGGACCCAUGAGCUGGAAAGGGCUCCCCGCAGCGUCUGACUCAUAAACCUUAAAUUUUCGAACUAAGUCUCGAGACCACACCCAGAUCCUUUUCUCUACUCUUGAUAGAAUCAUUGUGUUGCUGUCCUUCCUUCUGCAAAACACACAUUUUUGCUUCAAAGGCUGAACAGAAAGGUUGAUAAUUGAAUGUUUACCUGAUCUGCCAGCUGCUGUGUUAAUGCAUGGUCCGACAUAAACAAAUGCGGUCCAUGCAGAAAACCUGCAUCACAUUAGUGUUAAAGCACAUAAUCUCAGCUGGCUGAGCUCUGCAAGAGGGAGGGUGUGCCAGUCAGAAAACUUGAUGGAAAUACCAAUCCUUUAGACACAAUGCGGCUUUGUGUCUCGUCAUGAUUAGCAGAUGUCUGUUUUCUCUCUUUGAAGACACUCACAACUAUAAAGCCACAGGUUUGCUCAUACAAAAUGAAGAUGUGUCAUAAAAGACAGUUGUGUAAUGGGUUGCAUGGAUUUACAUCAUUUUUGGUUUUAGUUAUUAGUGAACCACUCAACAUGAGGACAAAAACUGAACGGGUUCUACCAGAAACAAGGGGUACAUCUGUUAAAGUUAAAGUGUGUAAAUACUUCAUUUUAUGUAUGAUGGUCAUAAGAAAGGGAAUGUCUUGUGCAGUCAGUUUAUGUUGUUUUGGGGGAUAGAAUUUUAUUUAAGAAAGGGUUUUCAAAGCAGUUGUGAAGGGGGAUUUUAUACUUCUGACUGUGUGUUUGUGUGUGUGUGUGUUUGUCUAUGGCCUAGAUAAGCUUCCCAAACAGAGAGGUUUUAUUAUUUUUUCAUUAGAAUCUUUCUGGUCUGAGCAUUUAGAAAGCUGCAUCAUUUGGAUGUACAAGACACCGUACCGAGUUCUUCCAUGUUUAUUUAAUUGCUCCUUGAAACUGCUUUGUUUUCCCAAACUGUGUAUUUAUUGAUAACCCAAUCUCUCCAUUGUUAAAAUGUAUAAAUGCUUAUGCGUUAGCUGUUUUUACUCAUAUAAUUUUUCUUUAAAGGACCAAUUUAACACAAAUAAUCAAAAACAGGAAGGUAAAUGUUAUUAAUUUAUUUUGCCAAGUGUCACAUUUAGUACAUAUCAGAAGCACUGAGCAAUAAGCCAGUAUCCAUCCACUAUACUGUAUUUCCUACAUAUCUGUAUUGUACACAAACAGUGCAGUGUAGCACUCUCCUUUCACUGUAUGUAAAAUAAACAAUGCAUAAUUUAAUAGAGCACAGGCAAACACAAACCUGGAAUGUAGCUGUGAACAUCUUGUAAAUAUAACUACAGUCUGUGGUCACUGUAUGACAAAUUGACACUAUGUACUAGUGCAUGUGAAUACUAGUGUCUUCUUGUUCUGCCAUGGCAGAUGAUCUGAUGUUGCAACCGCUGAGUCGUUGUUCGCUUCUGCAGUACCCACGAGCAGAAAUGUCCAUGAUAUCCAUUUGACUUCUUUGAACAAAUAGUCAACUUGCUGAGGACAAAAACUCAGUAGAAUGGCAUUGCAGAAGAAAAUGUCAAGGUACCACUAAAGUACUAUGAACUUAGGUGAAGCGUGUCUGAAAAACGUGAAGUGAGUUUACGAUCUUCGCCUGCUUUCCGAACCCAUGACUGGAUUAGAGCAAAAGCAGCUGGAGCCCAUCCUCAGAUAUUUGUGUCAAAUGAAGAAAGAGCUAAACCCUGGACUCGCAUGUGCACAAGAUAAGACUAUCAUUAUUAGGAGGAAAUUGACCCAACAUGUCAAGUGAGAGAAAGGAAACCAAGUGCUGCUGUUGCUACUUUUUUAGCAUGAUGAUGUAUUUUACUGAUCAAAUAAAUGUUUCUUCAUGAAAAA